GAGUUGCUAUUUCCUGGUUAUAUUGGCAGCCAUUUUGGGUUUGAGACAGCUCGCCUGUGGUUUAUUUUUUGGGGGGGACUUGUAACUUUUAAUUUGAUAAAACCAUAUUUUGUUGUAAAUUGCUUACUGCGGAGAGGACAAUUGUUUCAUAAGAAGUGGGCGUCUAAAGUGACAUGUCAACAAUGAAUCCCGAAUAUGACUACUUAUUCAAGCUUCUUCUGAUUGGUGACUCAGGUGUGGGAAAGUCUUGCCUCCUCCUUCGGUUUGCAGAUGACACAUAUACAGAAAGCUACAUUAGUACUAUUGGUGUGGACUUUAAAAUAAGAACUAUAGAAUUAGAUGGCAAGACAAUCAAACUUCAGAUUUGGGACACAGCAGGUCAGGAAAGGUUUCGAACAAUCACAUCCAGUUAUUACAGAGGAGCACAUGGUAUUAUAGUAGUUUAUGAUGUUACAGAUCAGGAGUCAUUCAACAAUGUUAAACAGUGGUUACAAGAGAUUGAUCGCUAUGCCAGUGAAAAUGUAAACAAGUUAUUGGUAGGAAACAAGUGUGACCUUACAACAAAGAAGGUUGUAGACUACACAACGGCAAAGGAAUUUGCAGACUCUCUUGGAAUACCUUUUUUGGAAACCAGUGCAAAGAAUGCAACAAAUGUUGAACAAGCCUUCAUGACAAUGGCUGCAGAAAUUAAAAAACGAAUGGGUCCCGGAGCAACAGCUGGUGGCUCAGAAAAACCGAAUGUCAAAAUUCAGAGCACUCCAGUCAAACCAUCUUCUGGUGGUUGCUGCUAAGGCUGUCUUCUCCCUCUUUCUCCUCCUCCUUCUCCUCCUCCUCACAAGUCUACAAUGUAAUAAGCCCAAGUAUAAGAAACGUUGCCUGAUUUGUACUGUAUGUAGCUCGCACUACUACAAUUCUACAGGAAGGUCAGCAGUUUAACCGGCCAUUCCGUUGUUUUUUUUUUUUUUAUUAUUUUUUUUUUAAUAUCAUCAGCUCUUUUGGUCAAGAUGGCUAACUUCAUUUCCAGAAGUGUUUUAAUCAUGUAUGUGUGCUGGUUUAUAUAAAAAAAAAAAAAAAAAAAAAAAAAAAAAGAUAAUGUGUGAAUAUCUCAUUGCUUAAUUUCUACAAAACAAUUGUCUGUGCUUUUUAAGGUUUUUUUUUUUUCUUCCCUGUUUUGUUUUUCUUGAGUGUUAUUCCUGGCAUGUUUAAGUGUCCGGUUAUGUCGUCUGAAGAUGAAGUUCAGCCAUGGUCCACUCGACAGCGAAGCAGCGUUUUACCAUCCGUGGCAUCAAGUUUAGUGACAUGUUAUAUAUGUAACAUCUGAUUUGCUAGUCCUUUCUGUAGAGAGAAAAUGAAAGAAAUUACAUUAUCUGAUCAGUAGGUUAACUUCAUAAUCUCUGCAUAUAAUUUGUGACUGCAGAUUUGUAAUUUGUUGCACAAUAUGUAACAUUAAACAACUGAAGAUAUGUUAAAUAAAUAUUGUACUUACUGGAAUUACUAUAAGGCUGUAUGAUGAAACCACCAGUUUGCAAUUCUUUGUGGUAUGUAGAAUACAUUUUGUGUGUUUUAAUUAUUUAUUCAGCAUUUACAUGACAGUUAAUGUACCAGUAAUUUAGACUGUUGGAAUGGCCCAUUACCUCUGGAUAUCUAAUUGAAUGUGGCAAUGUCCAAAUUGCUCUACAACACUAUGUUCCUUUUCUUAAUAAAGGCAACCUGAAUUCAGUUUUUAACAAGCUGGAAAACAUGUAAAAGCUAGCCUUUUUUGUUAGUUUUUCUACACACUGUUCUUGAUGUGAAGUAUAGCAUGUAGACUAACUUUGUUUCUGCUGCUGUCACAAUUGAUGUCUGUUCCCUCUUCCCUGUAGAUGUCCUGUGGUAGCUGCACUGGCAGCGUUUCUUCGUAGCUAUCCAGCUUUCUUUUAUGUUGAAUUCAUCUGGGUGAGUGAAGGUGAAUGCAGGGGUGCUUCUGUCUUGUGAUACCUCACAACUCAGGUCUCUGAAAUUGCACAUCCCUUAAGAAGAUAUUGUUCAAUCCAGUAACGUCUUAAUUCAGAAGGUGCUGUUUUCAGUGAAUGGUAACAUUAAAUUAUACAGCAGAUUUCAUUAGAUGUUUAGUAUUUUUCUAAUUGUGUAGCAUUUACUAAUAUAACCUUAUAAGCCAACAUCAUUAUUAUUGCCUAAGAGGGUUAUUGAAGUAGUGAACUAAAAUGUAAAGAGGUUCUGGAAAACACUGCAGAUGUGAUCUGCUAAACACAAACAAGGCCAUUCAUUGCACGUCAAUCUGUUUCUCUUCCACUGAUGACAGGUUUCUUCUUAAAGUGGCAACUUGAAUUGGCUGGCUGUGUUAGAACAGGUCAACAUCCCAUCCCAAUGUGCCACCAUGCCUUUGGGGAGACUGGUAUAGAGAACUGUCCAAAUUCCAUAUGCUGCAUGCAUUAAUUUUCAUGAAAAUGGAAGUUUCCUUCUUGUACUUUGUAUUUUAGUAAAGGCUUAACAUCAUUGUAUUGAAUAAUUUGCUAAUAUACAAGUACUGCACUCAAAAUUUCAAAAAAAGCUGUAGUCUUUCAAUUGUCUGUUGUGAUGACUUGUAUGGGUAUUUUAGGAGGUCUCAAAGGUUUUCCAACAUUCCAACAACUAGAGUAAAAUUUCAGUCUGUUUGUUAUGGAAAGCAAAGGUGGGACGAAGCAGACAUAUUCCCUGUAUGUUGUUAUUUACUUAUAUACCGUGCCAUUAAAAAUUUUACACUAAAUUCAUACCGCGAA